AUGGGCGGCCAAAAGACAGCCAUUCUGUCCGUGUACGACAAGACCGGUCUUCUUGACCUGGCCAAGGGACUGCACGAAUGCGGUGUCCGCCUACUUGCGUCUGGCGGUACAGCCAAGAUGAUCCGCCAGGCCAACUUCCCAGUCGAAGAUGUCUCUGCCAUUACCAAGGCGCCUGAGAUGCUCGGUGGGCGCGUCAAGACGCUGCACCCUGCUGUUCAUGGCGGCAUUCUCGCACGCGACCUCGACUCGGACGACUCUGACCUCUCUGCAAACAGCAUCGACAAGAUUGACUUUGUCGUUUGCAACCUGUACCCCUUUUCUGAGACGGUCGCUCGCAUCAACGUCACAAUCCCAGAGGCAGUUGAGGAAAUUGACAUUGGAGGUGUGACUCUGCUCAGGGCUGCCGCAAAGAACCACGCCCGCGUCACUAUCAUCAGCGACCCCAACGACUACCAUGACCUCCUCACUGAGCUUAAGAAGAACGGCGAAGUCUCGGAGACCAGCAGGCAGCGUUAUGCCCUGAAGGCUUUCGAGCAGACUUCCUCAUACGAUACCGCUAUUUCCGAGUUUUUCAGGAAGAAGUACGCGGGCGACGGUGUCCAGUACCAGACCCUCCGAUACGGUGCCAACCCUCACCAAAAACCCGCAACUGUCUCCAUGGCAGAGAAGCCCCUACCAUUCAAGGUGCUCUGCGGUUCUCCAGGAUACAUCAACUUGCUCGAUGCGCUCAAUGCAUGGCCGCUCGUGCAGGAGCUAACCAAGGCACUGAACUACCCAGCUGCUGCCAGCUUCAAGCACGUCUCGCCUGCCGGUGCAGCCAUCGGAGUCCCCCUCAGCGAGGUAGAGCGCAAGGUAUACAUGGUUGAUGACAUUGAGGGCAUCGAGACUUCAGGACUGGCGCAGGCAUACGCGAGGGCCCGUGGUGCCGACAGGAUGUCAAGUUUUGGUGACAUGAUUGCUCUGUCAGCCGAGGUUGAUGUCCCAACCGCCAAGAUUAUCAGCCGUGAAGUGUCCGACGGUGUCAUUGCUCCUGGUUACAGCGCUGAAGCCCUGGAGAUCCUCAAGAAGAAGAAGGGUGGAAAGUACCUAGUUCUUCAGAUGGACCCCGAAUACGUCCCAGGCCCAGAAGAAUCUAGGACCGUGUUCGGCAUCACGCUCAAGCAGCACCGCAACGACGCCAAGAUCCUUCCUUCUGACACAUUCAACACAGUCAUUGUGCCUAAGAACUCUCCUCCGCUACCAGAGUCAGCUCAGCGCGAUCUUACCGUCGCUACCAUUGCUCUUAAGUACACUCAGUCAAACAGUGUAUGCUAUGCGCUCAACGGCCAACUCAUUGGUCUUGGAGCUGGCCAGCAAUCACGUAUUCACUGCACUCGUCUUGCUGGUGACAAAGCCGACAACUGGUGGAUGCGUUUCCACUCAAAGACGCUCAACCUCAACUUCAAGAAGGGUACCAAGCGCCCCUCCAAGUCUAAUGCCAUUGAUCUCCUUUGCUCAGGUCUCGUUCCCGAGUCAGGCAUUGAGCGCGAGGACUUUGAGGCGCACUUUGAGGAGGGCCAUGUGCCGCAGCCUUUCACGGCCGAGGAACGCAAGGAAUGGUUGUCGAAGAUGGAGAGCGUAGCAGUCAGCUCCGACGCUUUCUUCCCCUUUAUCGACAACGUCUUCAGAGCGCACAGGAGUGGAGCCAAGUACAUUGCUGCACCCACAGGUAGCCAGAACGAUGGCGCCGUUUUCGAGACGAGUGAGAAGCUGGGCAUCACCUUUGUUGAGCAGCACAUCAGGCUGUUCCACCACUAA